AUGCAGAAGACAACGAGAGCAUGCCUGCCCAGCGCGGCCGCCACAGCCUGCCUAUCACUUCUGCUUAUCAUCUGCCUUACUGAAGGAGCUUCAGAGCAAAGAAUUAACAGUAGAGGUAGCAAGCCUUCAAAUCUAUUCCAAAAAGUCAACGGAUGGAGAAGCCAGCGCGGAGGGUCCUGCUUAAGCUACGGGCAUUCAUGUUGGGGAGCUCACGGCAAGCGAUCCGGAAAACCACCAGCGACAGCCCCAGCAACGCCCCCAGAUUGGUACAUCACGAAAAUGCUUCGGCAAAUUGCUGCACAGAACGUUAUGAACCACGACCAAAACUCCGAAAUUAAAAAAGAAGAUUCAAGUGACAUCUAUGGAGUGGUUUUUGAAAACAAUGCACCGAACGCCCACCACCUCGAGAGGGAUAGUGAAGAAGUACCUCUUGAUUUUGCAUCAAAGUUACCGGAAGCCAAACCAAUGUUGGAUGACGAUUUACUAUCGAAGUUAAAACUAUGGCAGUUAAUGCGAGUUGCUUCAGAAGAAAAUUAA